CGGUUCGUGCGGGAGCGAGGAGUGAGCUGCUAUUGGUCGGCGCGCGGGCGGGGCGGGGCCGGUUGCACAACCGGAAGAGGCGGGAGAAAGGAGGAAGCCGCGGAGUCUUUCGGGAAAUGCAGUUUUUGGCCUGGCGGAUAACUGAAAAGGAGUUCGCACAGGUGCAGGUUCAAUCUAAGGACCCAGAUAGGUACCCCACCAUUGCAGAGGAAUCUUGGGUGACUGACAAGGCAGCCAGCAGUUUCUGUCAUCUCUAUCGUCUUGGAAGCUGGUUGCUGUGUACUUCCUGUUUACCCAGAGAUCUCGUUGAUCUUCAACCACCGCCUUCACUCGCCAUGGACCCCAACUGCUCCUGUGCCUCAGAUGGAUCCUGCUCUUGCACUGGUUCCUGCAAAUGCAAACAAUGCAGAUGCACCUCCUGCAAGAAAAGCUGCUGCUCCUGCUGCCCUGUGGGCUAUGCGAAGUGCUCCCAGGGCUGCGUGAAGUGCUCCCAGGACUGCGUCUCCAAAGAGGCUUUGGACAAGUGCAGCUGCUGCGCCUGAAGUGGGGGCAUCCCCACAACUCUGUAAAUAGAAGAUGUAGGAGCCUAGCCGUUUUUGUACAGCCCUGACCCGUUCUCCACACCUUUUUCUUUUUCUUUUUCUUUUUU